GCGCGCCCAGCAGGCGGUUGUUUGAGGAAGUUUGGAUCAACUUUCUACCUGUGGAUGAUGAUGUGGAUUCAUUGAUGUUAGCUUAAAUCUGCUGCUUCAGACAUCCAUCAGACAUGGCCUCAACGUCAGAUCUAGAACAGCUGGCAGAAAUAGAGUUAAGGAAAGAGGAAGAGGAGGAUGAAGAGGAUCAGAUGUGUGUCACAGACGGUCCAGCAGGUCCCCCCAGCAGCUCCAUCAGUCUUGAUCCUUCUCACCCGUAUUAUGACGUGGCUCGACACGGCAUCAUCCAGGUCUGCGGUGACGACAACUACGGCAGGAAAUUGAUCGUCUUCAGCAGCUGCUGUUUGCCUCCAUCACACCAGCUGAACCACCGACGCCUGCUUGAGUAUCUGAAGUUCAUGUUGGACCAGUACGUGGAGAUGGACUACAUCCUGGUUUACUUCCAUCACGGACUGAGGAGCAGCAACAAACCAUCGCUGAAGUGGCUACGAGAAGCUUACAGCGAGUUCGACAGAAAAUACAAGAAGAAUCUGAAGACUCUCUUCGUCGUUCAUCCCACAAACUUCAUCAGAAUCGUCUGGAACAUUUUCAAACCUCUAAUCAGUCAUAAGUUUGGAAAGAAGCUGACGUACGUGAACUACCUGGCCGAGCUGAGAGAGCACCUGAACUACGAGCAGCUCGUCAUCCCUGCAGACGUCGUCAGACACGAUGAAAAGCUCAGAGCAGCUCAGAAAGGAGGACCCCCUCCUUCAGUGAAGAAGCCCCCACCUCGACCCCCGCUGCCCACGCAGCAGUUUGGUGUCAGUCUGCAGUACAUCAGAGAGAAAAACCGAGAUGCUGUGAUCCCCCCAGUCAUCUCUCAGACCGUCACCUACCUGAAGGAGAAAGGUCUUAGGACAGAGGGGAUCUUCAGACGCUCAGCUCGGGUUCAAAUCAUCAAAGAUGUCCAGAAACUCUACAACCUGGGUAAACCCGUGACCUUUGACGAGUUCUCAGACGUUCAUGUUCCCGCUGUGAUCCUGAAAACAUUCCUCAGAGAACUCCCAGAACCUCUGCUCACCUUCAGAGUCUACAACCAGGUCCAGGAGCUCCUCAAUGUGGAGAGCAGUCUGAGGGUCAGCAGGUGUAAGCAGAUCAUCGAAGGUCUUCCUGAACAUAACUUCAUCGUGACAAAGUUUCUGCUCUGUUUCCUCCACAUGGUGUCGCAGGAGAGCAUCGUCAACAAGAUGAGUCCGUCUAACCUGGCCUGUGUGUUCGGGGUCAACCUGGUGUGGCCUCGCCAUGGUUCAAUCUCCCUGAGCGCUCUGACCCCAGUCAACAUCUUUGCAGAGAUCCUCAUCGAGCAUUACCCCGCCGUGUUUGGCUCCCGCUGCCCACCUGCUCAGGUAAUGCCCUGAAUCAACACAACACCUGGUGGACACUCAUCCUGUGGAAUAUAUUUUUAUUUUUUGUCACUUUUUUUUUCCCUUUACCGCUGAUUUUUUUAUGUUGCAUCACCUGGGUCUCAAGUCAAAAGUAUUCUGACUAUUUCUAUGGACAUUCAUCAGACUAAAAGGACAAUCCUGAAGAUUUUAAAGAGUCUGAUUUUUAAGUUUUUUACACCUUCAUCUGGACGUGACGAAUGUCUAAAACCGAGCAGAUAUUUUCCAGCUCCUUUUAACACAAAUAUUUAUCUGCAUGUAGUUUUAUCUACUUAAAGAGGCUUUGUUAGAAGAAAUCAUGUUUGAUCCAUUACUAGAAUUUUAUAAACUUUUUUUUUAAGCUAAAUCUAUGGUGCUAAAUCAGGAGAUUCUCUCAUGUCUUUCAGAAGUGAGAACAAUCUUGUCUCAUUUUUCAGUCAAAAUUGUACAAAUGUAAUUAAAAAAUUUAACAAAACACUAAUUUCUUAGCCUUUUAAAGUAAUAUAAUUAAAAUCUUCACAUCUUUAUUUCUCUUGAGCUGUUACUGAUAAGAAGUGAUGUGUCUGAGAAGAUUCUUGUUACUAAAACCUUUACACUUGAAAAAAAUGUCUGAUGCUUAAAGGAAUACAUUUGUUUAUAAAGACUUUUGACAAAUA